UUUUGUCUGGUUGGAUGGUUGGUUUUUAUUCUCGUUUUUGUGGAGAGGAGAAGACGACGCUCUCUCUCUCUCUCUCUCUCUCUCUCUCUCAAACAACACUCUCCCUAUCCAGCUUGCUUCUUGUUGGGCUUUCUGAUUAGUUUUGAGUGAUCGGUUUCUUGGCGCUGGGAACGGGGAUAAGCUAGAGUGACAGGUCGUGGUGGUGAUUGGUUGCUGUUGGGGGGCGGGGGGAAGGGGGAUGGGAUUUCCGGUGGGGAGUGAUAGAGUGACGGCGCUGUGGUGAUGGAGCCAUGGAAUUCGACGCCGGAAUUCCGAUGUCCCGAGCGGCGGCACCGGCGGUGAACGUGACCGAGGGAGCCUCGCUUUCGCCGUCCUCCUUGAACGAAGCCAAGUGGUUUUUCCCCUGUUACAAGAGAUGCAUGAAGAUUAUCCUGCAUGAGCGAGUUAGAGAGGAUUUUGUUUCCUUAAUAUAUUUAUUUGUUUAUUUUUAAAAUUGGGAGCUGGGAAUGCAAAUAUGGAAGAUGCAAUGUGGCAAAUGAACUUGAUAUCAAGUGAAAUGAUGGACUCUGGGCUAUAUCCUGAGCGUCCUGGAGAGCCAGAUUGUUCUUAUUACAUUAGAACAGGCCUCUGUAGAUUUGGGGCAACGUGUAGAUUUAAUCAUCCUCCUAACAGGAAGCUGGCUAUUGCUACUGCAAGGAUGAAGGGGGACUUUCCAGAAAGAUUGGGACAACCAGAAUGUCAGUACUACCUGAAGACAGGAACUUGCAAGUUUGGGGCGACAUGUAAGUUUCAUCAUCCUAGAGACAAAGCUGGAGUUGCUGGAAGAGUUAUCUUAAAUAUUUUAGGCUAUCCUCUUCGCCCGAAUGAGAGUCAGUGUUCCUACUAUUUAAGAACUGGACAAUGCAAGUUUGGAAGCACUUGUAAAUUCCACCACCCUCAACCAACAAAUAUGAUGGUUUCCUUGAGUGGUUCUCCUGUAUAUCCUACCAUGCAGUCUCCAACGAGUCCUGGUCAGCAGUCCUACCCAGGAGGAAUUAGUAACUGGUCAAGAGCAUCUUUUAUUCCCAGUCCACGCUGGCAAGGUCCUUCAAGUUAUGCACCUUUGCUUCUACCUCAGGGAGUGGUGUCAGUUCCUGGGUGGAAUGCAUACAGUGGUGAGCUUGGAUCAGUUUCCUCUCCAGAGACGCAGCAGCAAAUGGUGGGAAAUAAUCAGACUUAUGGAACCUCACGCCAGGGUGAAUCAGCUAAUGCAGGACCUCAGGGGACAUUUUCUCCACUUCGUUCAAGUUCUGUCCCUGCAGGAUUCUAUGCAUUGCAGGGAGAGAAUGUAUUUCCCGAGAGGCCUGGCCAGCCUGAAUGCCAGUUUUACAUGAAAACUGGUGAUUGUAAGUUUGGUUCAGUUUGUCGGUUCCAUCAUCCUCGGGAUCGUCUAAUUCCUACUCCAGACUGUGUCUUGAGUCCCAUAGGCCUUCCUUUACGUCAGGGGGAGCCUCUAUGCAGCUUCUAUUCUCAUUACGGUAUCUGCAAAUUUGGUCCAAGUUGCAAGUUUGACCACCCAAUGGGGAUUUUCACAUACAAUCUCUCUGCAUCAUCUUCAGGUGAUGCCCCGGUCCGGCGUUUGCUGGGGUCAUCAUCUGGAACUGCUGCAUUAAAUUUGUCAUCAGAAGGACUUGUUCAAGCAGGCUCGGCAAAGCCUAGACGACUUUCAUUGUCAGAAACUAGACAGAUGCCUUCUGGUGAUGAUAAUAUUGACACAGAAGGCUGACACCAUGAGUCAUUUCCUUUUUACAACCUUUUGGAGUCUUAAGCAAGAGUUAUCUGUAAAUUCAUUUCCCAUUGCUGGAGAUGUACAGAGUUCACGUCAAGUAAUUCUGUUCUUCCGAAAAUGUCUUUCAGUUGACAGACUUGACUCUCCUGAAUUUCAUGUCGCUGCAUUGUAUAAAGUCUGCAAAUAUUGUCACAUAUGGUAAAAGCCAUUGUGAACAUUUCAUCGUCCCAAAAGCUGAUCUUUAUGAUUUUAAUAUUCUAAAUUUCUCCCACUACUUUCAUCGUCCCAUGAACCGCUUCUCAAAUGCAUGAAUAUUUGUUGCCUGUUUGGCAUGGAUGUUUUACUUAUAAUAAUUAUCAUCAGCUUCCCUUUCUUCUUGUUCUAA